AUGCGUGAUCUCGACUCGCGUUGGCCUUGGAUGAUCCAGCGGCGCCGCGAGGUGACGGUGGUCGAGUCGGAGGGCGAGGAGCACGGUUUCCACCUCUACAGUCCGCUGAGGGCCACCAGCAAGAGUCUCAUGGGAAGCCUCGUGGAGUUCAUAAACCAGCAGCCCACCUCGUCGCCUGCGAAUCCUAUGGUGGUGCUAGGCGUGCCGACGACGCCGUGUAAGGACGUGUUUGGGUAUGGCAUGGCCAUGAAGGCCUGGUGCACACGGUCCAGUAUGCCAUGUAACACUGCUACUUCAUUGAAGAUCGGAAGGGCUGGGCCAUCCAACACAAGAUAUAGGUUAAUCUCAGGUCGACUGCGGAUGACUGCUGGUAACGUUCAUCACAAAGAUCUAUUAUCUGCUGCAGUUCCGUGGAGUCGUGUGAUCAACAACUUCUUCUAG